UAUGACUGCUGGUACUAAUACCCCAUAAUUAGUCUCAGUUAUUUAUCUCGGGUCUUCUCUGCAGCAAAGGGGCCAAGAAAGACCUACUGCCAAGCAAGAGUUGACUCCGGGUGAAGGUGCAAUGAUGAGGAAUUUUAUCAUAGUUGUGAAUAUUCUGGCAUUAACUCUGCCCUUUUUGGCUGCUGAGGUGCAAAGCCCAGAUCCCACAAAUGCAGAGGAGCAAGGUCAAGAACAACUGGCUUGCCACAAAAAGCUUGAAAUACUGUAUGAUCAGAAGAAAGUCCUGCAUACACCAGUUCAUUAUGUGCUGAACAGCAAUCCUCAUUAUGAGCCUAAUUACUGCCAAUAUACGCCAUCUGUAGCUGUCACCCCAUAUGCACAUUACCUAUGUAUUAUAAAGCUACUUCUGCUUAGAUCACUACCCAAAAUCUCCCAAUGGGAACCAAGGCCAAAUUUCCCCCAGCCCGCUGAGGUACCUCAGCCCAUUCCAAGCCCAACCUUUCUUGCCAUUCCUACAAAUGAAAAUGAAGACAGUGUGGCCAACCCAACCAUCAAUACCAUUGCUCCUGUUGAAUCUACAAUAAUUCCUGUCACUGAACAAGUGAUAACUACAGUGGCCAAUCCAGAAGCACCCACUGUGUCCGUCAAUAACCCUGAGACUGCCACAGUCCCAAUAUCUUCACCUGCAGUGUAAAACCACCAAGGGACCAUCAAAGAAGACAAUAAACGUCCUACAGAAACAAACUUGGAACUCUCCUUCAGACAUUUGUCUGCCAUCAUUCAAGAGAAAAUGCAAUUUUCACAGAUUCAGAUCUUUUUUUUCUUUCCUUACAUUUUACAUUGAGGCUACAGUUUAUUUUUUUGAUUCAUGCAGAAUAAAGUCAACGAAAUGCAA